AUGGAUGACGUGACUCAAAAUUUACACAAAGCAGUAUCAAAAGGGAAGAUUAGGGAAGUAAAGCAUCUAAUAAAAAAAGGAGCUGACAUACACCAAGCAGACCAAGAUGGAAACACGUGUUUACAUAUUGGAGUUAUUAAUGACCAAAGGGACAUCAUUGAGUAUCUCAUCAAACAUAGAGCUGAUGUCGAAAAGACUACCUCAGACGGACAAACACCCUUACAUCUUGCUGCCUCACAGGGACUACUUAAGGUAAUGAAAAUAAUUGCCACUGAUGGAGCUGAAUUGAAUAAAGGGGAUGAUGAUGGCUGGACUGCAUUACACUAUGCAGCUGGGAAAGGUCAUCUUGGUGCCACCAAACAUCUCAUCAGUCAAGGAGCUAAAGUGAAUAGAGAGGAAAAAGAUGGUUGGACUGCAUUACACAUUGCAGCUCAAAAUGGCCAUCUUAAUGUCACCAAACAUCUCAUCAGCCAUGGUGCUAAUGUGAAUAGAGAGGACAAAGAUGGUUGGACUGCAUUACACAUUGCAGUUCAGAAUGGUCAUCUUGAUGUCACCAAAUAUCUCAUCAGCCAUGGUGCUCAUGUGAAUAGAGAGGAAAAAGAUGGUAGUCCUGCAUUAUACAUUGCAGCUCAGAAUGGACAUCUUGAUGUAACAAAACAUCUUAUCAGUCAAGGAGCUCAUGUGAAUAGAGAGGAAAAAGAUGGUUGGACUGCAUUACACAUUGCUGCUCAAAAUGGUCAUCUUGAUGUCACCAAACAUCUCGUCAGCCAGGGUGUUGAUGUGAAUAGAGAGCAAAAAGAUGGUUGGACUGCAUUACACGUUGCAGCUCAGAAUGGUCAUCUUGAUGUCACCAAACAUCUCAUCAGUCAAGGAGCUGAUGUGAAUAGAGAGGAAAAAGAUGGUUGGACUGCAUUACACAUUGCAGCUGAGAAUGGAAAUCUUGAUGUCACCAAACAUAUCAUCAUUCAAGAAGCUGAUGUGAAUAAAUGGAAUGAUAAUGGUAGUACUGCAUUACACAUUGCAGCUCAGAAUGGACAUCUUAAGGUCACCAAACAUCUCAUCACUCAAGGGGCUGAUGUGAAUAAAGGGAAUGAUAAUGGUAGUACUGCAUUACACAUUGCAGCUCAUAAUGGACAUCUUGAUGUCACCAAACAUCUCAUCAGCCAGGGUGCUGAUGUGAAUAGAGAGCAAAAAGAUGCUCAGAAUGGUCAUCUUGAUGUCACCAAACAUCUCAUCAGCCAAGAAGCUGAUGUGAAUAGAGAGGAAAAAGAUGGUUGGACUGCAUUACACGUGGCAGCUCAGAAUGGUCAUCUUGAUGUCAGCAAACAUCUCAUCAGUCAAGGAGCUGAUGUGAAUAAAGGAAAUAAUAAUGGUAGUACUGCAUUAAUUAUUGCAGCUCAGAAUGGUCAUCUUGAUGUCACCAAACAUCUCAUCACUAAGAAUGGUCAUCUUGAUGUCAGCAAACAUCUCAUCAGUCAAGGAGCUGAAGUAAAUAUAGAGGAAAAAGAUGGGUCGACUGCAUUACACAUUGCAGCUCAGAAUGGUCAUCUUAAUGUCACCAAACAUCUUAUCAGUCAAGGAGCUGAUGUGAAUAGAGAGGAUAAAGAUGGUUGGACUGCAUUACACAUUGCAGCUCAGAAUGGUCAUAUUGAUGUCACCAAACAUCUCCUCAGUCAAGGAGCUCAUGUGAAUAAAGGAAAUUAUGAUGCUGAUGUGAAUAGAGAGAAAAAAGAUGGUUGGACUGCAUUACACGUUGCAGCUCAGAGUGGUCAUCUUGAUGUCAGCAAACAUCUCAUCAGUCAAGGAGCUGAAGUAAAUAGAGAGGGUAAACAUGGUUGGACUCCAUUACACAUGGCGGCUUACAAAGGUCAUCUCGAUAUCAUCAAAUAUCUCAUCAGUCAAGGAGGUGAAGUGAAUAGAAGCAACGAUACCGGUCGGACGGCAUUACACUAUGCAGCUGAGAAGGGACAUUUUGAUGUCGCCACAUAUCUCAUCACUAAAGGAGCUGAUAUGAACAUAGGGGAGGUUAUAGGUCAGACAGCAUUACAUUAUGCAGCUGAAAAUGGACAUAUUGAUAUCACAUCAUACCUUAUUAGGAAAGGGGUUGAGAUAAAUGAAGAGGGGAAGCGUGGUAGGACUGCAUUACACCUUGCGGUGCAGAAUGGUCAUCUAGAUGUCAUGAAAAAUCUCAUCAAUCAAGGAGCUGAUGUGAAUAAAGGGGAUACUACAGGUUGGACUGCUUUACACAGUGCUGUUGAGAAAGGCCAUCUUGAUGUAACUAAAUAUCUCAUCAGUCAUGGUGCAGAUGUGAAUAAAGGUGAUAGAACUGAUUGGAGUGCAUUACACAGUGCAGUCAACAGUGGUCAUAUUCAUGUCAUCAAAUACCUUCUUAGACAAGGAGCUAGUUUGAAUAAAGUGGAUAAUACUGGCUGGACGGCAUUGCACAUCGCAGCUCUGAAUGGCGACAUUGAUAUCACCAAAUGUCUCAUCAGUGAAGGUGCUGGCGUAAAUAUUCAACAUGACACUGGACGAACUGCAUUACAUUUUGGGUGUGAGAAUGGUUAUCUAGAUAUCACUAAAUAUCUCAUCGGUCAAGGAGCUAAAGUGAAUAUAGGAGAUAAGACUGGUUUGACUGCAUUACAUCUUGCAGCUGCGAAUGGACACAUUGAUGUCACCAUGCAUCUAGUUAACCAAAGAGCUGAGGUGAAUAAAGAAGAUAAUGAUGGUCACACUUCACUGCUGCUUGCUGUCCAAAAUAGCCAUGUUGAAGUCAUUGAAUAUCUGAUAGAUCAAGGAGAUAAAGCCGACAGGGGAAUCGCUGAUGGCUGUGCAAAAGCACUCUCUACUGUGCAGGAUAGUCGCCUAAAUAUCGUUCCCGUUCUCUUGGCACCAGGAGCGCGUCCUGAAGUAGACGACGUCCACGGAACGACUCCCCUAGGACUAUCUCUGCUGUUUGGGUACAAACAAAUCGCUGGGAUUCUAGCCACGUGUUCCCCAUCCGAGGUUAUCAACAGUUAUUUUCAUCAUGCCAUACAAGAGGGUCAUACAUUUGUUGUUGAGUAUCUGGUCAAUCGUGGAGCGGAUCUCAAUGUCCAGUCAGCAGACGGUCAGACCUGUCUCCAUGAAGCAAUCAAACUUUGCGACAGGACGGAGAGAAAUGUACAAUAUAGUGACACACUAAGAAAGAUUUCUGAUGAAUUUUACGGUGGAGAACUUGCUCCUGAGAAAGCCUUAGUGUUCUAUCUCAUUGACAACGGAGCCAAGAUAGAUGUGGAAGAUAAGUCAGGCAAGCUCCCAAUCCAUUAUGCCAAGGAUGAAGUGGUCAGACAGAUGAUAUUGUCAAGAUUAAAUUCCCUUGAAGACAUAACAUUUUAUCGAGCUGAGAAACAAGCUGGAUCUACUGCAAGUCGCGUCAGAGUCGACGAAAUUAUCUCUCAGGAUAUAUUACAAGAGGACCAUGGCUUGUCAAUGUACAUCCCACCCAAUGCUUUGCUUCAGGGAGAAUCACGAGAGAUCACACUAACCCUCCUUCGAGACCCUCCAAGCGUAGAUAUACAAGAUGAUGAAACCGUGGCCUGCUACGGGAUCAGAUGUGAUCCUCCAAACAUGGUAUUUCUCAAACCUGCAAAGAUCAGGAUACCACACGCCACACUAGUUGCCAACCCAGCCGAAGUAAAGCCAGAUGUUGUGUCAUAUGAAUGGGAUUCAGUGAAUGAUCUGCCACGAACUUCAAGAAGCAGUUCAUCCGACUCUCCAGCUGACAAGCCACCAUACUGCAAAGUCUACAAGAGACACCUUGAGCUGUAUAUCGACCACAGUGCUGAGUGGUGGGUUCUUAUUCCCCUUGAGCAGCAUGUGAUUAAACGCCGAUUCAUGUGCACACCGUAUACUCCAGAUGGAAUAAAAAGAGGACAGGAGAUUGGUGUCCACCUUCGUCUUCACGAGGAUAUUCCUGGAAUAGAUGUGAUGACGCAACACUUUUAUUUUCUCAUUCUGAUCUAA